UCGUUAAGCGGUUGUUCUCAGUCGUCGCAGUGAUUUUUGUGCGUUUCAAAUAAGUGAGAAACAAAAUUAUUAGUAAAAAGAAAAUAUAAUAAUAUUAAAUACCGAAUUUGCAGUUGUGUGUGUGUGUGCGUUUUUUUUUCUUUCAAUAUUAUUAUUCCGUUUAUUAACGCGCAUUAUUUCUUUCGGUGUUGUUAAUUUUCGAUAGUCGCGCGUUGUGCAGUAGUGUUGACCGCGGUGGUAACGGUGGUGGUGGUGGUGGUGGCGGUGGUGUGUUAUCACCUGUGUAUUUUUUUCCGUGGAAUACCGACACAUUGCCCGUUUAGAUAAAGAGAGGCAAAUCAUCUGUCCGGCAACAGUCCUCGGACAACAGUGAUGGACUCAGCGGUCGACGACCAGUACUCGUACUACGACGACACGGCCGACCGGGCUUUCUAUCCCGAACACCGAUUCCAGCACAACGGCCGUUUAGACAUGAAAAGUUGGCACCAUCCGGCCUUUGCCAAACACCAGGAAAUUACUUCACAACACACGGGAUUCUCACAACCGCUGCUAGAAGCUCAGGAUAGGCGCCGUUCGCUGACCGCCACCGAUCCGGCUUUGAACAUGCAAAUUACCAACAACGGCUGUGCGAUCAAACAAGAACCGGGAAUACAUCAGGAACCCAACGCCGUGAUGACAAACUCUUCUUCGUCGUCGGUGCUGAGAAAAGUGCCAUCGUUAAGCGACCUGUCUUCGCAGUCUUCCGACAACGAUUACUCGCCGGAUAUGGAUCAAGCUCCCGUUCAUCUGCUACCGUCUUCGGCCACCGCCGGUGGUGGUGCUGCCCAUCCGAACAGCAGCAGCAGCAGCAGCAGGCAAUCAACAGCAAUUGGUGCCGCCUAUACCGCUGACUCCCGGCGUGCCUAUGACCCCGUUGACUCCGGGCACGAACCGAACCAUGACCGAAGUGCUGCAGGGCAUGUUCGCCCUGUGGGAAAGCGUACGACACAGUCUCCGAGUGCCAAAAGAUCCUCGACAGUGGACGGCCGCGCACACAGCCGAGUGGUUCCGGUGGGCUUACAGCGAGUUCGCCGACGAACCGUUAACGCCAAUGGUCAGGAAGCUGGGCUUCGGAUCGUUUUUCGCCAUGCCGCCUCUGAAGGCGCGCUUUGGUCAACAGCAGCAGCAGCAGCAGCAGCAACAGCAACAGCAGCAAAGGGGCCAGCAGAGGGUCCGGCAAAAGCCCAGGCGUCGGCUGAGGAGCAACAGCAGCACUUACACCAGCGACAGCGACGACGGCGACAGCAGCAGCGGGGGGCCGAUCGCGGCCGAAGACAUCAAACAAGAAGGAGACGACUACGACGACAACGUGGUGCUGGUGGACGAUGGCAAGAAGAAAAAUCAGCUCUACUGCAAAAUGGGCGCAGAACUUUUGGCGAUGGGCCGCGAGCGAUUCGUGUCCGAAGCCCGGCCGAACCUAGGAGACAUAUUGUGGGAACACUUGGAGCACAUGAUCAGAGAAGUCGACAGACCCGCCUCGAACGUGGCGGCCGGCUUUACCAUGCCCGCCGGUUCGCAAGGCAUACCCGCCAACGGUGGGGUGUACGCCCCGGCCGACUACGGCAACAACAAGUCGGAAAACGGCGGUUAUCCGGCUUGCACGGAGAGGAUUCGAUUGCAGCAACCGCCGGCCAGGAAAGGCGCCCGAAACCAGCAGAACCGUCCGCCCAAUCAGUACCGGUGUGGUGGUGGUGGUGGUGGUGGCGGUGCCAGUCAAAACGUCACGGCCGCACCUCAACAAGCGACCACUCCUCCCGCCACCGCGGUGGCUAACCGCGGGUCCGCCACGCCCGAAGAUAUCCGAAUGGUAUCCGAGAACCCGUGCAACUUAGACCCCAGCGGAUCGCCCGGCUCGUCCGAACUCUACAACCAACAGUCGGCGCCACAACAACAGCUCAUGCAAAACCACAGAUACCAGCAACAACAGAGGGACCAUUACCAGCACAGAGCCCACCAACAACAACAUCAACACCGGUACACGAUGGACAGUUUCCACGGUGAAUCGUAUCCCGGCGGCAGUCCGUACCACAUGGACUCGUCGGCCGUCGGCUCGUCCGCCUAUCUGGCUGCGGCGGCUCCACCGCAAACCGUGCCCAACGGCAACAACGCACAAAACUCGGUCGUGGUGAACAACUCGGUCGUGGUGAACCACCUGUGGCCCAACGUGCCCGCGGACUCGUCCAACUCCGUGCACUUGCAACACUUUAUGCAACAACAACAGCAUUACUUGCAGCACAACAACAACCAUCAAAUCCACUACAACAACCAGGCGCACCAACAGCCGCAACAGCAACAGCAGCAGCAGCAGCAGCAGCAGCACCAGAGCCAUUUGCUGGGAAUGGGCGCCGCCGGCAACAUGAUUCAGCAAGACAUCAAGCCCCAAGUGAUGCCAUCUCCGGCCCAGCUCAUCGCCAACGGAUACACGCCUACCGGAGGACCUUGUUUCACCGGGAGCGGACCGAUACAGUUGUGGCAAUUUCUCUUGGAGCUGUUGACGGACAGACAGUGUCGACCGUUCAUAUCGUGGACCGGCGGCGACGACUGGGAGUUCAAGCUGACCGAUCCGGACGAGGUGGCCCGCCGUUGGGGCGUGCGCAAGAACAAACCGAAAAUGAACUACGAGAAGCUCAGCCGAGGCUUGCGGUACUAUUACGACAAAAACAUCAUACACAAGACUGCCGGCAAAAGAUACGUCUACAAGUUUGUGUGCGAUCUCGAAUCGCUGCUGGGAUACAGCGCGCGCCAGUUGCACGCCCUCGUCGAGCCGGAAUGUGCCGUCAAAGACGAAUAAAACCAAAACCUACGACAACAUGCGCACAACAACCGCGUAUACUAGAUCUAUGUAUCGCCGAUGAUAUGAAGACUGAGCCCUGCCCACAACCCUUAUGAUUAUUAUUAUUUUUUUUUUUAAUUACUACCCAUAUUUUAUUUAUUAUUUUUUUAUAUUAUAUAAUUUAAAAAAAAAAAAAUAAUAAUAAUAUUAAUAAUUAUAAUAUUAUAGAGACAAUAAUUUUUUUGACAUUCUCGUGAUAGUCGCAGCGUGUAUACCAAUUUUAUUAUUAUAUUUAUAGUUUAUAUAAAAAUAUAUUAUAUCGUGUAAAUAUAUUUUCUUUAUUACCGAAUUUAUUCUGUUGAGAGCGUGUUGUACAAAUUUACCGAAUUAUUAUAUUAAUAAUUUAAGGACUUACAUAUAUAUAUAUAUAUAUAUAUGUAUAAAACAUUGAUGUGUAAUAAUGUUGAUACGUCAUGAUAUUAUUUUAAAUCGUUUAUAACGAUCAUUACCUUAAUAACGAUCAAUUAAAAGCUUACACUGAUUAAAUAAAAGAAUAAACGUGUACUCGUGUGUGUGUGUAACGUUAAAUGUCGUCAGAACGUUUUUACUUUAUUAGUUUUAUUUUUAUUUUAUUAUUAAUUUUUUUUUUCUUUCGCGGAGACGUUAUAAGCUAUAUUACUAUGCAGAAAUCAUUUUAAUCAUUCAUAUAUAUGUUUAUAUACGGUUAUUAUAUUUUGUACAUAUUUACCUCUACGAUAUAACGACUUUAAGUGUUUAUGACAAAUCUUUCGUGUAAAUAUUUUCUAAAUUAUUAAGACUGUUGGUAUAUUU